AUGCCCCAAGCGCGAGUCCGUGUUGCUCUUGUUGCAGCGGCAGGCCCGACUCGCGUCUCGCCAGCGACUAGCUGCCUUUCCCCUUCCGUCUUGGGUCUUGUCAGCCAGGCCCCCAGGCCCCUGUACCCUGGCGCCGGCCCAUCCUACAACCGCAAGGAUUGGGAUAUCACAACACUGGCACCAACCUUGAAGCCAGAACUCCUGCACGCCAACGGAAGCUGCAAUCCUCGUCGAGUACCCUCGCCUCAGUCACACUGCUUCCGCCGGCCGCCCUCUGCCCUUUCCGUGUACACGACCGUACCAACGUUCCUUUGCGGCUGCCAUCUUCCAUCUCCCGCGCCCGCAUUUCGCAAUCGCGACCCCCGACCACAAGCCCAAUUAACCUCGACCGCACCUCACUCAAUUGGCACCACAGAUCCUUCCAAUCGACCGCCUAGCACAGGCUCGCCGGGCAUCGUGUCGCGCCUCCCUCGCAACGACACCAGCGCUCCGGCGUACCCCCUCGACAACCCCAAACCCUCGCCUCCCUCGAUCGACGACAUGCACGACUGA